CCAAACAGGAUUCAAUGUUUACAAACAAACACCUCAGCUUUGCGGUGCGCUAUGGCGGCAAUUCCACGCGAAAUAAAUGAAGUCUGUCGGCUUUGCCUGUGCCGGGACGAGAAUAUUCUCUUUCCUGCGACCAAAUUCAUCGACUCCCAGCUGACCCUGGACGAUGUGGAACGAGUAGCCGGUGUACGGAUCGUGGAACAGGAAAGCAUGCGCUGCGUGUUGUGUGUCGAUUGUAACAACAAACUACGGCACAUCAAAGCCUUUAAGGCCUCCUGCAUCAGCAAUGAUGAGACGUUUAGAAAGUGGUUUACAGUGGCCGAUAAAGAUUGUUCGCGAGACGACACUCAUCCACUGAAAUUGAAUGCUGCAGCGCAAGCAUUCAACGGUGCGGCGCGCGAAACUGACCAGUGUAACGAUUCGGCGAAUGAGUUCGAUGAGGCAACAUUUUUCGACAACAACAUUGUAGUCAUCAAGGAAGAAGAAAUUGACGACCAGGCGGUCAAAUACAUCGUUCAAGAAAUGUAUGAAGACAUGGAAGUACUCACAGAAGAUGUUGUUGACUUCGAUGUUGAUGAUGAUGAUGAAGAUGCUGAAGAAUUUUCCGAGGACAUGAAAACAGAAGGGAGCCAAACAUCGAUAGAUGAUUUCGUUACCAGCGAUGAUCCGGGCGAGGCAUCCGUACCGUACGAACCGUACGAACGGCAGCCAACAACGCCAAACGAAACUUCCGCACCAGCGAUACCAGCGGACCAUCAAACAGUAACUGCCACCGCCAGUGAGGAAACGGGCAAGAAGAAGAAUCCACAAAAGAAAACCCUUUGCCCGCUGUGCGGCAAAUUAAUACUCUCGCUAAAAGACCACAUGUUGAGUCACACGGGGGAGAAAAAAUACCGCUGCAAGUACUGCCCCAAGACCUGCGGUCGGAAAGGAUCGCUGCGGCUGCACAUGCAAGCCGUCCACCUGAAAAAGAUUGUAAAGAGCUGUGAAAUAUGCGGCAAAGGCUUUACUUACGUGGAGUCGCACGAAGCGCACAUGCGCGCCAAACACGGCUUCGGUGAACCAUUUGAAUGUACCAUAUGCAACAUUAAAUUUCGCCAUAAAGGCGGAUUGCGGGGUCACAACAAUCGCAAGCACAACGAUGAAAGCAACUGUGAGUGCCCAACUUGUGGCAUGAAAUUUCUCGACAAGAAAGGAUUACGAGCGCACAGCAUAGUGCACUCGGACGAGCGACCGUUUGGCUGCCGCUAUUGUCCAAAGAUGUACAAAACUGCUAAAACGCUGAAAAACCACGAAAAUCUCCACCAAGGUGUAACAUUUUCCUGUACGAUGUGCGGAAAAAGCUAUAAGCAUCAAUCGCUGCUAUACGUGCACAUGAAAAAAUGUCAUGACGAGGGUAAAACUGACAAAUUGAAAUUGGAAAAUGAGUCUAACUGAAAAAGUAAGACAAACUACGCUAUUAGUCCCAUAGCACUCUGUAUGUAAAUGAUAGGCGAUUCUUUCACGUGAGUUGAUGUAUAAACUUUGCUUUGUAAUGUCCAUGCGAUGUUAAAUAUGUUCAUAGAGGAGAAGGGGGGGGGGGGGGCUGGGGAUUAACGGGAUGUAUAACUUUGGUAUGUAGUUUUUAAAUCUAAUAGCAUUAGUUUCUAUUUUGGCUACACUACUUUUGAAAUUGGUUUUAUAUCACCCAUCUAAUGGACUAGCGAUUCGUGAUUUACUACUUUACCCAUAACACUUCAAUUAAUGUUGCGUACCAGAGGGUUAUAAGCGAGAAGUCAAUCCUGGAUAAGAGAGGCUCUAACAAAAGAGUAAACUGGAUAAGCUAGCAUAGGAACAAUGCUCGGAACAUUCAUAAUAGAGAGACGGGAAUGAGAGAGAAUCUUAAACUUACCCUCAAAUUAUGUUUAGUAAAAAUAACGAACUUUACCUGUUUUCACAUAUUUUGUUUAUUUUUCCAAUUUUGACAGGUUUAGAUAGGUUUAGACAGGUUGAAGAUAUGAAGGAUAUGAACCAAAUGUGUGGAAGAAAUAAAAUUAAAUGUAUGAACUAGGAAUAUAGUAUAAAGUGUUAAGUAUACUAUAGUAUAAAAAGAAAGUAUAUUUACGUACUAAAAUUAAGUACUGUAUAAGAAAUAAAAUUUCAUGUGCUUUAAAUUUCCCAA